GAGGAAAUGUCAGGAAAGAUGUGCAGCAGCAGCAGCAGUAUUAUUCAGGCACAAAAACUGGUGGAUCAGCUGCAAAUUGAAGCGAGCAUGGAGAGGUUCAAGAUUUCCUUGACAGCAGCAGACCUGGUGCAGUACUGCCAGGAGCACAGGCGCAGCGACCCGUUGAUCACUGGCAUCUCUGCCUCGUCCAACCCUUUCAAAGAUAAGAAGACCUGCGUGCUGCUCUGA